AUGUCAGAUGUUAUUAAUGAAGCGACUGCAGCCAAGUAUGAUAAUGGUGAUGAUGAAAUUGAUUCGGUUAAGAACAAGAAGAUGGUAUUUAAGUGGGAUCUAAAGUCUGCUGAAAAUAAAAAUUUACCCGAAAGCUACAAAUCUCUCGAAGCUAUGUGUAUAGUGUGGAAAAAGAAGGUUGAAUUGUUUAAGGCUCAAAUUAAUGUAGCUGAAUAUAAGAAUGGAAUGGUUAAAAUUUCAUUAUGCAAUGUGCUUAAUAACACGAAGGUUAAUAAAAAGUAUAAUUUGAACAGUAAUGGUCUUCGGGAAAUGUGUAUUACUUGGAUGGAUAAAGCUGUGCAUAUCCAAGGCUUAAAGAAGCAUACUAGUGAAAUCAUCGAUAAUAGGGGAAUGGUGAAAUGUAAAAAUAGUGUUAACAUUUUGUCUUUCAGUAACAAUAAAAUGGAAAAAUUAAGGUUAAAAGGAUAA